CAUAGAUUAUACUCCGUAUCUGAAACAGUUAACUUGUCGAAUUGCUAUGCUGCCAUGCCAAGCCUUUAAUCAUCGGCAACAAGACUAGUACUUGUUGAGAGAGAUCCCACAAGCGCAGUGCCGCACACAUGUCGAGGCCCAGCGGCGCCUGCCUGCUCCGUCAGGUCAGCCAUGGCGUGAAGCAACCAGCCCUGCUAUAAAAAUCCCCACGUCCACCGCCCUCCGUGUUGUGUUGUCCCUCACUCACAUUGCCCGUCACCACCAUGGGGUGUUCGAGUUCUCCACCCGCCGCGUGCGUGGCCGCCGCUAUUCUCCUGGCGGCCUCGCUGUUGGCGUGUCACCACGGGUGCGCGGCGGCGGCGGCUGUGCCGACGCUGUCGACGGCGUCGCGGUGGGUGGUGGACGAGAGCGGGAGCCGGGUGAAGCUGGCGUGCGUGAACUGGCCGUCGCACCUGGAGCCGAUGCUGGCGGAAGGGCUGGGCAAGCGGCCCGUCGGCGCCAUCGCCGGGGACGUGGCCGCCAUGGGGUUCAACUGCGUCAGGUUCACGUGGCCCACGUUCCUGGUCACCAACGCCUCCUACUCCGGCCUCACCGUCGCGCAGUCCUUCCUGCGGCUCAACCUCACCGAGUCGCUCGCCGGCAUCAGGGUCAACAACCCUGGCUUCGUCGACCUCAAGCUCAUCGACGCCUUCAAGGCCGUGGUGAGCAGCCUGGGCGAGCACGACGUGAUGGUGAUCCUGGACAACCACCUGAGCAAGCCCGGCUGGUGCUGCAGCAACACCGACGGCAACGGCUUCUUCGGCGACGCCUUGUUCGACCCGGACGUCUGGGUCGACGGCCUCACCAAGAUGGCCACCAUGUUCGCCGGCGUCCCCAACGUCGUCGGCAUGAGCCUUCGGAACGAGCUCAGGGGACCCAGGCAGAACGCGAACGACUGGUACAAGUACAUGCAGCGCGGCGCGGAGGCGGUGCACGCGGCGAACCCGCGCGUGCUGGUCAUCCUCUCGGGCCUCCAAUUCGACAACGACCUGGCCUUCCUCAACUCGCGGCCGGUGAACCUCAGCUUCACGGGGAAGGUGGCGUUCGAGGUGCACUGGUACAGCUUCUCCAACACCCAGGAGUGGAGCUCGGGCAACGCCAACCAGGCGUGCGCGCGCAUCACGGCCGGCAUCGCCCGCCGCGCCUUCUACCUGCUCGACAGAGGGUGGCCCGUCAUCCUCAGCGAGUUCGGCGUCGACAACCGCGGCGGCAACACCAACGACAACCGCUACUACGGCUGCGCCGCCGCCGCCGCGGCCGACCUGGACCUGGACUGGGCGCUCUGGGCGCUGCAGGGGAGCUACUACCUCCGCGAGGGCGUGCUGGGGCUGGACGAGGUCUACGGCGUCCUCGACUGGGCCUGGUGCAAGCCGCGCAACGACACCGCGCUGCGCAGGGUCCAGGCGCUCCAGCGGCCGCUCAGGGGGCCCGGACUCGCGGAGGCGGCGCCGUACGCCGUGCUGUUCCACCCGGUGUCCGGGAUGUGCGUGGUGGUGCGCCGCCGGUCGCCGACGCCGACGCUGGCGCAGCCCUUCGAGCUGGGCCUGGGACCCUGCAGCGAGACGGGGGCGUGGGAGUACAGCGCGCAGCAGCAGCGGCUGGGGCUGCGGGACACCGCCGCGCUGCUGUGCCUCCGCGCCGAGGGCGCCGGCAGGCCCGCGACCCUCGGCGUGACCUGCGGCGACGCGAUGGCAAGGUGGAGCCUCGUGUCGGACUCCAAGCUGCACGUCGCCGUCAACGCGACGUCGUCGUCGUCGGCCGGGGUCAGCGACAGCGACGGCAACGGCUUGCUCUGCCUGGACGUGGGCGCGGACGGCCGGAGCGUGGUGACCAACCCGUGCCGGUGCCUGAGCGCGGACAACAGCUGCGACCCGCAGAGCCAGUGGUUCAAGCUCGUGAGCAGCACCAGGAGCGUGGUCACCAAGCAGACCAUGCUCGCGCAGCUGCCGCUCAAGCUCAAAAGCUGGAAGAUCAGGUCGUUUUGAGCGUCCGUCACCCCGUAGAAUAUAACGUCAGCUAGGCUCAACUUCAAGACGUACGUAAGCCGUAGAACGGCGGGAAUAGAGAAGCACUGACCUAGAACUUGAGCAUUGUUCGCGAGGAGACUGAACAGGUCUUUAUGAAGAAUUCUACUACUUGCUACGAGACUUUCAAAAAAAAAACAUUGUAUGCACGAGAAAUAUAUUGUCUAAUGGAAUAAUCAAAUGAAUUGUUCACAGGA